AAAAAAAAAAAAAGAAAUGUCAGAAGAAAUUAGCAAUUUAGUUUCACAAACUAAAAUUGAAGACAAUAAAGAAAAUCCAGAAGAAUUCAAAGAUAUUUCACACGAUAAUGAAGUAACAGAAGUUGAAAGUUUAUGUAUGCAUUGCGAAUAUGAAAAGGGUAUCACAAGAAUUCUUUUAACCAAAGUACCAUUCUUUAAAGAAAUUAUGGUUUUCGCCUUCCAAUGCCCAGAAUGUGGAUUCAGAAACAGUGAAGUAAGAAGUGGUGGAUCAUACGAACUAAAAGGUGUUCGUAUCGAAUUAACCGUUAAUAACGAACGUGAUUUAAAUAGACAAAUUGUUAAAAUGGAAAAAGCCAUUAUCUCAAUUCCAUCAUUAGAUUUCGAAAUCCCACCAUCCAACAAUGGUACUUUAAAUACUAUUGAAGGUAUCCUCAAAGAAUCAAUUAACAAUAUCACCCAAGCUGCUGAAAUUCACACUGAAAAUAAAGAAAAAUUAUUAGAAUUUGUAGGUAAAUUAACAAAUUUAUUAUUAGUAAAUGAACCAUUUAAAUUUAUUAUUGAUGAUCCAAGUGGUAAUAGUUUCAUUGAAAACCCAACAGCACCAAAAGCAGAUCCAAAUUUAAAGACAACUCAUUACACUCGUACUGAAGAACAAAAUCUUGAAUUAGGUUUACAAGCAAACCCAGAAAAAAAAGCAACUAUUAUAAAUGUACCAUCAACCGAUUUAGAAGAUCGUGAAGUAUUUUCAUUACCAAAUGAAUGCUCAUUCUGUGGUAAAUUAGGUGAAUGUAAAAUGGUACUCACCGAUAUCCCAUACUUUAAGCAAGUGUUAUUAAUGGCAUUCACUUGUGACCAAUGUGGUUAUAAGACUAACGAAAUUAAACCAGCUGGUUCAAUCUCCGAAAAAGGUAAAACCAUCACCCUUCGUGUCGAAUCAAUUGAAGAUUUAUCACGUGAUGUUUUAAAGAGUGAUACUGCCAGUGCCCAACUCCCAGAACUCGAAAUUGAAGUCACUCACGGUUCAUUAGGUGGUAAAUUCACAACUAUUGAAGGUCUUUUAACCAUCAUUAAAGAAGAAUUGGAAAAGAAUCCAUUCUUCCGUGGUGAUUCAUCCGAUCCAGAAUCUGUUAAACGUUAUAACGAAAUCUCAACCACAAUGGAAGAGUACAUCGCAGGUAAAAAACCAUUCACUAUAAUCAUCGACGAUCCAGUCUCAAAUAGUUAUAUUCAAAAUCUUUAUGCUCCAGAUCCAGAUCCACAACUUACCAUCGUAGAAUACGAACGUAGUUAUGAUCAAAAUGAUGAAUUAGGUUUAAAUGAAAUGAACACUGAAAAUUAUUUAAAUGAAAAGAAAGAAGGUGAAGAAAAAAAAGAAGGUGAAGAAAAGAAAGAAGAAAAAGAAGAAACUAAAUAA